AUGCACACGUCAUGUUUUAAUUUAUUUAUUCUGUCAUUUUUAACUCAUUUUUUUUCAACGGUUUUAUGUAGCGACGCAGGAAAAUAUGGUUUUAGUUAUUCUGUUGGCAUUUGUGCGGAUACAUCAAAACUAGCCAAUGUCAGCGUUAGUAAAACUAAAGCAUCAGAAGAACCCAUUCCGCUGGGUAGAAGAAACGAAACGCAAAUCAUGGGCGGAGAUACUUGGGUGAUGGUUCAGUAUGGAUGUUCUCAUUGUUUACCAAGUACUCAGUGCCUUGGAAAUCGUAAUGUUUCCAUUUACAUUGUUUGUGAUCCGAUUCAUCACGAUAAUCAUAAAUUACAAUUAGCUGUAGAAAAUGAUUGUUAUAAUCAAUUUGUACUUCCUACAUCUUUCAUAUGCACACACGAAGAAAAAGUAUCCGGGACUUCUGUAUUUUUUAUAUUACUUUCAGUCGGUUUUUUUAUGUAUUUUCUUGUGGGUGUGAUUUACAGAAAACUCGCGCACAAUGCUCAGGGUUGCCAACAAUUACCACAUUUUAGAUUUUGGCAAAGAAUAGGAGGAUUAUGCUCUGAUGGGUGUAAUUAUGUGUGUAGAUGCGAUACAGAACCUGAAGAUUCAUGGAAUAACAUAACGAGUAAUUUUGAUGGCGGUGACAGGGAUGAUGCAUUAUUAAAACCUUAA